UUUUUUUUUCUUUUUUGAAUCAAUUCAUCAUUUUCAUUAUGAUCUUACGAUGUCAAGAAAUAGAGCAGAAUUUGAUGUUACGCUUACUGCCUGUCAAGGGCACGGCCUAAAUUCAUUAACAUCGUCGACAACAGGAAAUACACAUCGUUCUGUACAUGCCUUGGAGCAAUGGCUCUUAGGUCAUCAUAACAAAGCCCCAAGCACAGUCGAGUGCCUAAUUUUAGGAAGAAUAGGGCUAUGUACUCGAGCAUUAUAUAACGACGUUCAAAUGAUUGUCCGCGAAUAUGAGAAAAAUGAAUGUGUAGACUUUACAAGCUUCUCAAAGAUCUGGAAGGAGAAGAGAUUUUACUUGAUCCAUGCCGGUUGUCUUGAAAGAAACGAAAGAUAUGUAUUCAUGCAGGCUCUCUAUGAUAUUUUGCUUGAUUUUCUUUCUCCUACGGAGACUUUCGUGGCACAAGCUGGCGCUAUUUACUGUCUCUACUUCUUAUACUUUACUCAACCAGCCCUCUUCAAGAAAACAGGAAUUCGCAUUACUAUACCUACUUGGGAAAACCUUCAACUCCUUUAUGAACUUGCAUUUCAAUAUGAUUCGACCGAUCUUAUUUAUGUUAUUCAUAAGCUCCGUUCCCGAGGCGCUUUCAUUCAUGCGGCCCAGAGACAAAGGCUUAGCAAAGAGUUGGAAAAUGAUGAAGGCGGUCUGCGAGCUCGUAAUGAAGCGUUAUUGGUCCGUUUGGAAAAAAACAUGAACUCUUCUAAUCUGAUACCAGUGGGUAAAUUACUGAAGGAUAUUAAUAGCCUAUCUGCUUCCUAUCUUCAGUCAAAGGCAGACCUGGUGGCCGUAUCGCUUGCUGCCCGAGCAAGUGAAAUGGUGAUGGACAAACUGAGAGCCGUCAAACCCGCAGAUAUGAAUCCACUCGUGGCUAAACCCUUGCCCGAGUUCCUAAGAAAAUAUAUGGAAGGUGCUAUUGAUUCUAUACCGCAUAUGAAUUUUAGAGCUGCGGAGCAAAUUCAAAAAAAGAAUGCUGCGGAGUCCGCAGAUCUUGACGCAACAGUACUGAAUGCAUUCGACACAAGUGCACAGCCAAUACAGCCUAGGCAAGCAGUACCUUUGAACUUUGGCCAAAGAGCCACCCCUAUUGUACCAAGCAAUAUCGAAGGCUCAUCGGUGGCGACAGCUAUAUCAACAGAGCAAAAUGAUCAAAAUAAUCGGUACAGGCUUGAGUCGGCUUUGUCCAGCACUGCCACUGGCGAAAUUGGUUCUAGACAUGAAUUACCAUAUGUAUUCCCACUUUCUUUAUUACAGGCCUCACAGGGUGAUUUUGCUCUCCGGAUUGAGGAAAUUGCUAAAGAAUACGAUAAAGAUCGUAUUGCACGAUAUAGAUUUGCGGAUGAAGGCGGCUUGGCGCUCAAUGACUAUAUGUUUCCUGAUGAACUAUUGCCUGACAAACGAAAUACUAUAAAUUAUAAACGCUCCAAAAAUCGAUCAAAAUUUAGGCGACAUACCAAGAGAAGGCGUAUGGAUACUGAGCAGCUGAAUGAUCAACAUGCUUCAAAUGAUGUAUAAGAGCCGGCCUGUACUAAUAUUGGAGAUCCAGAAGAUGGGGAAAAUAUAAUCAAUGCAGAGCAAUAAAAUAAAUAAAAUUAAGGUUCAAUA